AUGCAAACGCUUUUCGUACAGAAUCAUACAAUCAGCUUUGCACACGUAUUAUGUGCCUACGUCGCAAAAAAUCCACCGUGUCUUCUUCUUCACCAAUCAAAUCAUCCUCCACAUCAGCUGUCUCAUGUUGUUACGUCUCUUUGCCAUAAUCUCCUAGACCCUGACUCGAACACCAUCACUCGGAUCCCAGAUCUAUCCCGGGUCGGACGAUCCACCAGAAUUCUUCUCUCCGAUUACUUCUUGGAGACGGCAAACGCUUUCUUGUUUUGCACGCUACUACUCAAAAAUAUUCAUCGCCUUUGUUCUAAAUACGAAUCUUUAAAACCUAAAUUUCAAUCGGAGAAUAAUGAUUCGUUGGCUUUAGUGGAUCAAUUCACGGAGCUAUCAAGAUGGUUCGCACCGUUUACCUCGUCGGGUUCUCGGAUCCAGAUAACCAGAUCCGGCUGUUUAAACCUGCUAAAACGGCUAGAGUCGAGCCGAGACAAGACACGAGCCAAGCUAAAACUCAUCAAAGGACUAACUCAUAGCUCAUGGAUUCUUGUUUUGGUUCUAGCCACUACAUUGAUUGUAACCAUAGCUUCUCACGCCUUUACUUUGUUUACAGCCGGUCCGACUCUUUUAACCGAUCGAUUCAAACCGGUCGGUUUAAUGAAUAAGCUGACAAAUAAUGCGGCUCGGCUCGAAGUGGCUGCGAAAGGGACGUACAUUUUAAGCCGUGAUUUGGACACGAUAAGUCAAUUAGUGACUCAGAUUAACGAUGAAGUGGAGCACUGUAACAUCCCAGCACCAGGUAUGGGAAUUUUUAGACUUAGGAUAAUUUACGGAGGUUUAGAGAAUGGUUUUAGGGGAUGGAGAAAAUGA